AUGGGCAUCUCUGGCCUGUUGCCGCUGCUCAGAGAGGCGACAGAAGCAGUCCAUCUGUCCCAAUACAAGGGACAGACGCUGGCCAUUGAUGCCUACGUACUUCUCCAUCGCGGCGCCUACUCGUGUGCAGACGCAAUAGCACGCGCACAACAUCCUCCUGACAAGCCGCAACGGGGGGACGACAAGGGCAAGGGACGCGCUGGUGAAGCUGAUGAAUUAGCUUGGCGAGAGACACAUGAUGUAGCUACGACCCAACGCUACGUGUCGGCUUCGAGGAGCAAAGUCAGACUGUUGCGAUUCCAUGGCGUGGAACCUUUCUUCGUGUUUGACGGUGCUGCACUGUCUUCCAAGGCGACGACGGAGAAGGAUCGUGCGAGUAGGAGGAAGGACGCUCUCAAGGAAGCCCAGAGGUUGUCUGCCGAGGGCAAGGAGGAAGCCGCUCGUGAAGCUUACGGACGCGCCGUCGAUGUUACUCCUCGAAUGGCCUACCAAGUCAUCAAGAUGCUGAAGCAGGAGAACGUCAACUUUAUCGUCGCGCCAUACGAAGCAGAUGCACAACUCCGUUUCCUCGAGCAGACAGGCGUCGUGCAAGGCAUCAUCACAGAAGACAGCGACCUUCUCGUCUUUGGUUGUCAGACUGUCAUCUUCAAGCUCGAUAAUGAGGGACGUGGUCAAGAAGUCAAAGCGAGCCGACUUAACAAGUGUCGAGAGUACAACUUUACCUCUUGGACAGCCACUGAAUUCCGUCAGAUGGCAAUACUGAGCGGAUGUGACUAUCUCGACUCGAUCAGUGGACUCGGCCUCAAAACGGCGUAUCGCUUGCUCAAGAAGUACAAGACGGCCAGCAAAGUCAUCCAAUUUGUUAGACUGGAUGGUCAAUUUCGUGUCCCCCGAUACUACGAACGAGAGUUCAAAAGGGCGGAAUUGACGUUCUUGCAUCAGAUCGUCUGGGAUCCCGAGACGAAGAAGAGGCGAUUCCUGACCCCCUUGCCCGUCAAACACGAGCAUCUCAAUCAAGACGAGCUCAGAUUUGUUGGCAUGUUCGUCGAUGAGACGAUUGCGCAAGGGCUUGCGAUUGGUGAUCUUGAUCCUGCCGAUUCAAAGCCCAUGCACGACGUUUGCCCCGCUUUCCCAGUCUCGGCUAUACCUGCACCAGCACCCGAAAGCAGCCGAUCGGGCUCAUUCUAUGCCACAAAUACGAAGAAAAGCACAGCAGUGGUUAAGGGCAAAGCGUCAAUCACAUCAUACUUCAACAAGAAGCCAGAUCGGCCGCCGAGUCAACCGAAGCGCAAAGCUCUGCAGGAGAUCGAUCGCAAUAGCCCUGGCAAACGUGCAAAGGCACCCACCCAGAAAUUGGCGAGCAGAUUCUUUGGCGGUCCACAAGCCAAAGCUGCCCUCGCUGAGCCGGACGAGGUCAUUUUCAUCGAGCCAGCGUCCAUCGCCGAAGAUGCCGGAGACCAUACUCUGCCCACCUCUACGCCUAGUCCGCCCAGGUUGCCUGCUUGGGCAUUCUCAAGUCCUGCAAAAGUGCCGGCGAGCGAGCCCGAGAGUCUGCCAACCAGUCCUAUGCAAUCUUCGCCCGUCAAGCAAGAAAUGGCACCGCCCGUGUCUACAAUGGCCGUGUCAAGUCCAGUCAAAGCAUUCGCGCCCCGACAACACUUGCCCAGCACACCCAAAGCUGCGCAAGAUUCAGCUAUAGAUUCGCCCCUUCACGCGAAACGAAUCUGCUCGACGCCAGAAGCAACGCCGAGUCCUUCGCCAAGACGCAAAGCGCACAUUGAGAACGUCGCGCAAGGCUGGCGCGCUCGAUUCAGCACGACAGAGACCAUCUCAAGGAACAUUCGCGCACGCACACCUCUGAGCUCAGUCUCCCAUCAGCCGCUUUCGAAAACGCCAGCACCGUCGGUCACUACCGCCAGCAAGCUGAAAAGAUCGGUCUCGCUUCUGCCCAUCAAAGUUGUCGAUUCCGGGCCAUUCAGUCCGACAGGCGAGUCGCCCGUGCCUGCUUCGAGGAUCAAAGUGCGCUCAAAGACGCUCGAGACGUUCAGAUUCAAGCCUCUGUGA